AUGUUCGACGGCGAUGAUCAAUACGCGUUAUUUCUUUCCCUCCUGGCUGGUCUCGCCACCAGUGUGGGUGGCAUCAUAGCGGUGAUGAAGAAACCUGACCAGAAAUUGCUCGCUUUCUUGCUGGGAACUGCGAUCGGCGUCAUGGCCACGCUAAGCCUUGUUGAGUUGUAUGUUAAAAAUCUGAUGCAGAACGGCUUUGUCGAGGUAACGGUAGCCAUGUGCAUCGGUGCAGUUGUUUACAUGGUUCUAGAGCCCCUUCUGCCGAAAACAGAGGCACUGGAGGCAAAGGUCGAGAAGCAAGGCAGCGGUGGAGAUGACGUCCCCACUAGAAUGUCAAAGGCGAGACUCAUGCGACUUGGCAUCCUCAUGGCCAUAACAAUGACGCUUCAUAAUCUACCGGAAGGCUUCGCUGUCGCAUUCUCUUCUUUCACCGGAAUCGGUCCAGUCAUGGCGACUGCAAUCGGCGUUCACAACAUUCCAGAGGGGAUCAUAGUCGCUGCCCCGGUUUAUGCGGCGACAGGAAGCCGUCGAUAUGCACUGAUGCUGGCCACUGCAUCGGGUUUGUCGGAGCCUGUUGGGGCGUUCAUCGCGCUUUUUUUCAUCAAGCCCUAUUUGACGCCGAAGCUGCUGCAUUAUCUGCUUGCGGGAACAGGCGGCAUGAUGACCGCCGUAUGCAUCAUAGAGCUGUUUCCUGAGGGGAGGAAAUGCAAACAUGAUGGGCAGCUGCUGAAGGGUAUCGUGUUCGGCUCCCUCUUGAUGUUGUCAACGUUGUACGUUGGCGUUUGA